AACAGUAUCCCCUUCUGCCGAGCUGCUCCCCGCUGCUGUGGGGAAGGAAGGCGGCGGUGGUGGUGGCUCUGGAGGGCAGCCCGGCUCCGAGCGCGGUGUCCUCUCUCCCUGCUCGGCUCUGAGCAGCGCCGUCUUUGAUUCUUCAGGGGCCUCAUCUCAAAGUAUAGCUUAAAAAAGCUUUGUGAAUAGUGGAAGAAAAUGUCACAUAAAAGCUCUAAGGUAAUCAAGAAAGUAAACGUUUCUAGCUCCUUGGAAUCUGAGGAUAUCAGCUUGGAAACCACCGUACCAACUGAUGAUGUUUCUUCUUCUGAAGAGAGAGAAGGUGCUGUAAAAAUCACUAAGCAGCUGAUUGAACGGAAGGAGUUGCUCCAUAAUCUUCAGCUGCUUAAAAUAGAAUUAUCACAAAAAAACCUGAUGAUUGACAACUUGAAAGUUGAAUAUUUGACUAAGAUUGAAGAGCUAGAGGAGAAGCUUAAUGAUGCAACCCAUCAAAAGCAGCUGUUGUCUUUACGACUGGAUAGUCAGUUGGCAUUGCAACAAGAAGAUGCCAGGAAACAUCAGGCUUUAAUGAAGCAAGAAAUGGAAGCUAUUUUAUUGAGACAGAAGCAACUGGAGGAAACAAAUCAUCAUUUGAGAGAGAGGGCUGGAGAUAUCCGUCGUAGCUUGCGAGACUUGGAAUUAACAGAUGAAUGCUAUGAGAAACUAAAGUCUCUUCCUGAAGAUCAGCUUUCUAUCCCUGAAUAUGUUUCAGUCCGAUUCUAUGAAGUAGUCCAUUCCUUAAGAAGAGAGUUAAGUGAUCUACAGAUGAAAAAGGAGAGUCUGACAGAAGAGCUGAGUGGGUACAAAUCCCAGCUGAAGUGUCUGGCAGAGAGCUAUGAAGAGGAGAGGAGGAGUCGGUCAGAGCUUGAGGUCAGAUGCCAGCGUUUAACACUGGAACUGGCUGAUACCAAGCAGUUGAUUCAGCAAGGUGAUUACAGACAGCACAACUAUGAUAAAGUAAAAUGUGAACGUGAUGUAUUUGAGCAUGAAUUGUCAGAACUCAGAAGAAAUUAUGAAAUGCUGGAGGUAUCAUACAAAACACAAACUAAAGAAAGAAAUGACUUAGCAAAAGAGCUGGCAACUGCACAACAAUCCCUCAACUUGUUGCAAAAAGAUAAAGAUUAUCUUAAUCGCCAGAACAUGGAGCUUAGUGUUCGCUGUGCACAUGAAGAGGAUCGUCUUGAAAGACUACAGAUUCAGCUAGAAGAUGCCAAAAAAGCUAGGGAAGAAAUGUAUGAAAAAUAUGUGGCAUCCAGAGACCACUAUAAAGCAGAAUAUGAAAAGAGACUCCAUGAGGAGUUGGAACAAAUAAGGCUGAAAACGAAUCAAGAAAUUGAGCAACUGAGAAGCGCCUCAAAAGAGAUGUAUGAACGUGAAAACAGAAAUUUGAGAGAAGCAAGAGAUAAUGCUGUUGCUGAAAAAGAGAGAGCAGUUAUUGCUGAAAAGGAUUCCUUAAGAAAAUAUGAUCAACUCUUAGAACAGUAUAGACAAAUGCAGCUUGGCACAGAAAGCAAAAUAGCUGAACUUCUUCACCAAAGUAAGUUAAAGUCCUUUGAAACCGAGCAUGUUCAACUCAUGCAACAAGAAACAGCUAAGAAUCUUUCACAGUGCCAAAUGGAAUGUGAGAAAUACCAGAGAAAGCUGGAGGUGCUUACAAAGGAAUUUUAUAGUCUUCAGUCUUCUAGUGAAACCCGCAUUAUUGAGCUUCAAACACAGAAUUCUGAGUUUCAAGCAAGAUUAGAUAUUUACGAAAAACUUGAGAAAGAGCUUGAUGAGAUAAUACUGCAGACUGCAGAAAUGGAAGAUGAAGUUGAAGCUGAAAGGGUUCUCUUCUCGUAUGGAUAUGGUGCAAAUGUUCCUACAACAGCCAAAAGACGACUAAAGCAAAGUGUUCACUUGGCAAGAAGAUUAUUGCAGCUAGAAAAGCAAAACUCGAUGCUUGUAAAAGAUCUGGAACAUCAGAAGGAACAAGUAACGCAGAUUUCACAAGAGCUUGACAGAGCAAAUUCUUUGUUGAACCAAGCACAACAGCCAUACAAAUACCUCAUCGAAACUGUGCAACAGAGAGAUUCUCAAAUAAGUCUACAGAAAGAGCAUAUUACACAACUUGAAAAAGAUGUCAGUCUUUUAAAUAAAGAAAAGACAGCUUUGCUGCGUGUCAAGAAUCAAAUGGCAGCAGAUUUGGAGAGACUUCUAAAUGACCGUGAGGAACUAGCCACAAUGAAGCAGAUUAUUAUUACUUUACAUGGUAAACAUUAUGAACAAAAUCUACCUCAGUCUCAUAUUGAUGUAAAAAGGGCAACUGGAAGAAGAUCAAACCCUUUGGUAAAAUUACUGCCAGAACAUGAAGAAGAAAAUGUAUUUACACCUAAGCCAACAUUAUUUACAAAUAAAGAGGCACCUGUAUGGUACAAAAAACUGCAGAAGAAAACUUCACCAUAGCAUUUUUCCAAAAUUAUUCAAAAUAAUCCUUUGGGGAGCUUUUCUAUAAAGAAAGUUAUUUUCAUCAUAAUGAUACCCAUUUUACUAUAAAAGCAAACAACUGUUUUGGUUUUAACUGUUUCCUUUUUAACUGUUGAAUAAUCUUACGCUUCAUAAAAUCAUUUCUAGAUCUCUCACGGGAAUAAAAUGUGUGAAAAUGAUGCAUGCAAUAAUUUUACUAACGUUUAUUUGAAUUUUGAAAGAUAAAUUAACACUAGUGUAUUGUACACAUUAUAAU